GUCCUCCAGGCGGCGCUAUCAGCCGCCAUCUUACCGAGAGCGGAAGGAAGCCCGGAGUCCGCAGGUCUGAGUAGAAGAAAGAAGACAGAAGAUGGAGGUGACGGGGCCGGACAGUGACUGGAGGAGUCCGCAGUUCAGACAGAAAGUUGUGGCUCAGAUAGAGGAGGCCAUGAGGAAAGCAGGAACUGCACACACCAAGUCCAGCAACGACAUGGAGAACCACGUUUAUGUCAAAGCCAAAUCCAGAGAGGAGUAUUUGUCUCUGGUGGCGAGGCUGAUCAUACACUUCAGAGACAUCCACAAGAAGACUCUUGGAAGUUCAGAUCCCAUGAAUUCCCUGACUAACCUGACUGGGGUUGGGGGGGUUCCGGGCACCAUUGGUAUGGGGCCUCGCCCCACCGGCCCUCCAGUGGGUGGCAUUGGGGCCAUGGGGCCGAUGCAGAUAGGUCAGCAUGCAAUGGCAGGGGUGGCUGGAAACCCACAAUCCAUAGGGGGUCCAGGCCAAAUGCCGAUGCAGCAGAUGGUGCAGACGCAGCAGCAGCAGCAGCAACAGUCCAUCCAGUUCCAGCAGUUCCAGCAGCAGCAGCAGCAGAAUGCCAUGCAGCAGCAGCAGCAGCAGCAGCAGCAGCAGCAGAACGCUGCCAUCCAGCAGCAGUUUCAGGUACAGCAGCAGCUGAGGGUGCAGCAGCAGCAGCAGCAGCAGCAGCAGCAGCAGCAGCAGCAGCUGCAGCAGCAGCAGCAGCACCACCAGAACCAGCAACUCCAACAGCAGCACCAGAAUCAGCAGCAGGCCCAGAAUCAGCAGCAGCAGAACCAGAUGCAUCAGACGAGGAUUCAGCAGCAGCAGAUGCUGCAGCUCCAGCAGCAACAUGCUCAGGCUCAGGCGCAGGCUCAAGCUCAGUCCAUUCAGCAAAUGGUUCAUCAGCAGCAGCAGCAGCAGCAGCAGCAGCAGCAGCAGGCUCAGGGGCAGCCUCAGCCAGGUCAGAUACCUCCACACUCGCAGCAGCAGCAGCAGCAGCAGCAGCAGCAGCCUGGCAUGGUGCCUCAGUCUCUGCCCGGACAGAUGACGUCUGCUCAGCAUGUUCCAAACAACUCGCUGAGUCAGCAACAGCAGCAGCACCAGCUCAAGAUCCAGGCCUUCCAGGCUCGUGCAGCCUUGCAGCAGCAGCAGCAGGUCCAGCAUGCUCAGCAGGCGGCGCAGCAAGCCCAGCAGGCAGCAGCGCAGGCGCAGCUCAACGCAGCCGCUGCUGCAGCCGCUGCUGCUGCCGGCGGUGGCGGCGGACCUGGACAGUUGGUUCGUCCUGGGAUUCCGAUUCAAAACCGGUUACCGAGAGCCCCCCUCAACCCCUCCAUCCCUCCUCCCAAUGCUGCGGCUGCGGCUGCGGCUGCAGCCGCAGCCGCAGCCGCAGCAGGAAGUCAGCAGAUGUCACAGGUCCAGCAGCAUUCAGUGAUGUCAUCACCGUCACCUGUUCAGGUCCAGACACCGCAGUCGAUGCCCCCCCCCCCUCAGCCGUCACCACAGCCCCCCUCCUCACAGCCCAACUCAGUCAGCUCCGGGCCCACGCCGUCACCAGGCGGCUUCCAGCCAAGCCCCUCCCCCCAGCCCGCACAGAGCCCUGCCAACGCCCGCACCCCCCAGAACUACGGAGUCCCGUCCCCUGGACCACUCAAUACUCCAGGUAACCCCAGCUCAGUGAUGAGUCCUGCGGGGGCCUCGUCCCUGGAGGACCAGCAGUACAUGGAGAAACUCAAACAACUGUCCAAGUACAUCGAGCCUCUUCGCAGGAUGAUCAACAAGAUCGACAAGAACGAAGACAGAAAGAAGGACCUGAGUAAGAUGAAGAGUUUGCUAAACAUCCUGACGGAUCCAAACACCAGGUGUCCUCUGAGGACGCUUCAGAAAUGUGAAAUCGCUUUAGAGAAGCUGAAGAACGACAUGGCCGUGCCGACCCCCCCCCCGCCGCCCGUGGCCACCAAGCAGCAAUACCUGUGUCAGCCGCUGCUGGACGCCGUCAUGGCCAACAUCCGCUCGCCAGUCUUCAACCACUCGCUGUACAGAACCUUCGCCCCCGCCAUGACCGCCAUCCACGGCCCCCACAUCAUGGGCCCCAGCGUCUGCGUUCGGAAAAGGAAACACGAGGACGAGGAGCGGCAGACCAUCCCCAACAUCCUGCAGGGGGAGGUGGCGCGCCUCGACGUGAAGUUCCUGGUCAGCCUGGAUCCUUCGUUCUGCAGCAACAACGGCACCGUGCACCUCAUCUGCAAACUGGAUGAUAAAAACCUGCCCAGCGUGCCCCCCCUGCAGCUCAGCGUUCCGGCUGAUUACCCCGAGCAGAGUCCGCACUGGGCCGACGACGGCGAGCUGUACGGUGUGAACAGCUUCCUGCAGACGGUGCACAGGAACAUGACGUCCAAGCUGCUGCAGCUGCCGGACAAGCACUCGGUGACGGAGCUGCUCAGCACCUGGGCCCAGAGCGUCCGCCAGGCCUGUCUGUCUGCAGCCUGAGGCCCCGCCCAGUCCCCCAGGGUCCCAGGGCCACAUCAGAACUUCUGGAUCCUCCUGUGAGCGACUGAGCCUUCAGGAAACAGACUGUGGUUGUGACUCCGUGUGUCAUGUGAUCUGUGCCUCGUGCAGACGCUUCUCAGAAUCCAAGGGGACCUGAUCCACGUCAUGGAUCCUCAACGCGUCACUUUGUGAACUGGAGUUUUGUAUCAAAAGUAUUUUUUCUUUUUGCUUUGGUUUUCAAAAUAAAACUAGUUUUGUUUCAUGAAUAAAAAGGUUUCUUUUUAAUUAAUUGGA